GCUAAAUCACAAGAACUGAAGAAAGACAUAGAGAUACUGAGUCAAACGUUUGAGCGUGUAAUAGACAGAAAAGAGGCUAUUAUAAAGUCUCUAGUGAAGGAUAUUGAAGAAGCUGAAGAACAAUACCAAAUGGCUCUUAGAAGUCACUUACAGAAUGUGGACAGGUUAAUAGGUAUGUACAGCUUGAAAGACUUUAGGUUGUAAUUUUGUUAAUACAGCUACCUUUUGCAUAUUCUGUGAAGGAUAAAUUAUUGUUUCGCUGACAUGUACAUACUGAAUGAAGAUGUUGAAGUAAAAAAAUAAACACGGAUAGAUCGGAGUUGGACUGAGAGAAGUAAACUUAGUAAUCUUUUUACAAGUAGCACCCUUUAUGAGCCUUCUUAACUAGAGGCAUACAUGAAGUGGUCUAGGUAAAUUUGUUUUAUUUAAGUUGAGACAGCUACAAUGACAAAAGAAAUGCUAGAAAUUCUUUUCUUUGCAUCAGUGUUCAUUUUGCCUAUGCAUUAUGAUGAUCAAACUAGUGAAAUUUAAGUUCACUGUGAAUGGCUCAUUUUGCACCUUUGCUUUCAAGAUUUACAACAAAGAAGGCUACAAGAAGCCCAAGAUGAAUAUGAUCAAGAACAGGAGAUCCUAAAAGAAGAAUUUGACACAGAAAGGUGAUGAGAUUGUAGCUUAAGAAAUUAUGAAAUUAUUGUUUCUCUGAGAUACUGUUAAAUGUAAGAUUGGGUGUUAAAAUUAACGAAUAGGGUGUAGAAAAAUAAAACUUCAUGAAAUUUACUUUGAGAACCAUCGUUUGAUGCUGUGCAGAUCUUUAAAACGUAUUUGGUUAUUUUUAGAAUGAAGAUAGUUAGUCAACAUAGAAAGGAAAUGCAUGACAUACAGGACAUCAUGUUUGCUAUGGAAGAAGAGUGGAAUGAACUGGAAAAUGACGCUAAGCAAGACUUUCAAAGCCUCAGAGAUGAAAUAAAAAACAAGGUAACUGUUAGUGGUAAAGUUUGCUAAGAAAGCUUUGAAUUAAUGACUCAAUAACAAUAACGGCUUAACCAUUUCUGGAAUAUGCCCACAAGGUAUAUCUGCCACAUUGUUUCAUCUCAAUAAAACUUUCGCUGCAUACCAAUAACUUGAUGAACAUGCCUUGAACGUGUGUUGUAAAGUAAUGUAUUUCUUACUUUUAUCUUUAUUAGAACCUUGAAGAAAAGCAUGCUUUAAGAAUACAAUUGGAGGGAACAGUGGAAGAUUUGUGGAGGCAAUUUCAACAAGUAAGCACUUGUACUCUUAGAUGAACCUUAAAAAGCAUGUUUGACAAACCGGGUAGUGAGCAAAGAAGAGACACAGCCAGCUGCAUGAAUGCAAGUUAUAAAAGUUUUCAGGUAGACAAUAAGAAUCAGUACCUGAUUAUUUAAAGCAAAAUUGCUUUUAUCAAUAUUUAGCUUGGAUUUCUUUUUAUUAUUGGUAAUCAAAUUGUUCUUAAUUUUAUUUUCAGGCCCUGAAGAAUUACAAUGAGACAACAGAGGAAAGAAAACUGGCCUUUGAAAAUCUCAAAGCUAAAGAUGAGAAAAGUGCUCAUGAAAUAGAGACCCAGAUGAGAAAACUUCAGAGAAUACAGGUUUGUAUUAAGGACCUAGAAACCUUUUCUGUAAGUUUUCAGAGGGAAGUGGUAUAGCCCAAAAGAACGGGUGAAAUUUUGCGUUAUCACUUCUGGUUCCUUUAUGAUACAGACUUCCCAGAUUUUUUUGUGGGGCAAUGAGUAGUUGUGCCACAUAAAAGAGUUGUUUCUCAAAAUAGGAGUGGCUAGCUGGCUAGGGAGCCAGAGUGUUUAGAAAUGGGUAGAGUUGAAGUUGGGGAGUUGAAGAUUUCCAGACUUAUAAUUACUGUAAGUGACAUGGGAAAUUAAAAAUUUCUAUCAUGUAAUUUAGUGCUCUGAAGUCAAAAAUCAUAAAACUAAAGAAAAAUUUUGACCAUUACAUAUCAAAAAUGCAUUAUGAGGGCCAUUUGGACUGAUACAUGGAGAAUGUUUAAAAGAAUGGAAAAUUUCCGACCAUAAUUUGUGUCAUUAUCUGUAAGUUGUCACUUUUAAGAGAUCAUCAUUUGUGGGAGUUAUUUAACCUUUGCUCCUGGUAAUUUUGCCAAAAGUUGCGUUUUGAAGCUAGUUCGAUCCAAAUGUAAAAUUUUACCUUCUGAAGUUUGAGCAUGUGCUCUGACUCUCUCCUCCCCUCCUCUUUCAUUUUUCUCACCUCAUUUUUUUUCCUUUUGCUGGGCUGAUUAUGGGAGGCAUUGUUGUUGAGUGGUUAGAGCGCUGGACUUGUAACCUGGAGGCCCCCGAGUUCAAGUCCCACCCUGACCUAGCCUGCGUAGCUGGCGGUAUUGUGUGGGUGCGAGAUUAAAGUUUUGGCGGUGGAGCCGUGUUCCAAAAAAAAGGAGUAGGGACGAGGCGGUUGAAAUACCGCCUGCCAGAAAACCCCGGUAUUUUGAAUGGUCCGCACACCAGUGUGCGGGGAAACGGAUUGGUCGAGGGCCAUACAUAUGUCAAUCAUGUUAGAUGAGCCUUCGCGUAUAUUUCCCAAUUUAGGGAGCAGAUGGCAAACUGGAGAAGACGUACAUGUAAAGUGAUUGUGAUUUCCGCUUUAGAAAGAGCAUAAUUGAUGACCAAAUUGCCGAAAUGGCGUCUUUAAACUUCACAGCGCUGGAAUUGUCUUAAUUUAGCCGUAAGAAACAAAGGUCAAAGAAAAUUAAAACACUUUACAACUGCAUCUGAGAUCAAAUCCUAUCAGGAACACCUACAGAAGAAUAAACCACCGGAAAUGGUUACUCAGUAUGCAUGUAACAAACCAGCUUCAUGGCCUUUUAAUGUUAAGCCUAGUGUUGCAAAAAAAGAUUUACUCAGUCAAAGUUUAGAAUGAUACAUGCACUGUGUAGUGCUAGUAACCUUCGAGCUAGAGCCGAGAAAAUAAAAAAAAACCUCUGUUCAAGCAAACUCACAAGGUCACGUUUCACAUUGUCACGAGCUUAGGAGUCGUGUUUAGCCUGUCAACGCUUAUUUCUAAACUAAUUUCUCUUUGAUUGGCUGAUUUAAUUGGGAUCAGCUAACGUGACAAAAGUGGGCGGCAUUCGAAAAAUCAUGGUUCUCUGGCAGGCGGUAUUUCUCGCGGCUUCGCCGCUCGUGACGGCUCCGCCACCAAAUCUCACUCGACUACUACACAAUACCGCCAGCUAUGCAGGCUAACCCUGACCACUAGCUGGAUUUUGCUCUCAGUAGUUGCAAGUUCAAAUCCUCGGUCAUGCCUGUAAAAUAGCCACCUGGUUCGCCUCCUGUCAGUUGAGAUUUUUAACCAUGUUGUGGUCCAUUUGAAUUAUUUGCUUCAUUAUCCCAGAAAAGCUCCAUAAAGGGCAGAGAAUACACUAUAAUAAUUAUAAAGCAUUAUUAUAAUAAUAAUGUCACUCUAUGCUUUGCAUUAACCAAGGAAAUCUGGAAUUACAGUACUUUUUACUCAUAGGAAUUUCAUUGUGGAAUUAUUAAUAUGGCAGUGCUGUCAAUAUAUCAUCCUUUUGGGAAUGACUUACAUGUUGAGAGUGCUAUUAGCAAUGCAACAUUUUUGUGAUCUUUUAACUUUACAUCAUGAUUUUCAUUUAGGAUAACAUUUCCCAGCUAAAGGCUAAAAUGGCAAGCAAUGCUAAAGAAUGUGAUGAAAGAAACAGACUCAUUAAAGAGGUAUAAAGUAAUAGAUAUUAACAAAUUGUGUCUUUGCAGGACACAAACCUGGGCAGAUCAUUUUACUGCCUUAUGUGGAUUUUAGUUUAACACCUUACAGUUCUUGUUGGUCCCUAUUUAUUACUCAUAAAUGGCCUAAGCCAGUUGUUAAUGUUAUCAGCUUUGAUAUCUUGCACAGUUUACACUGUUGUUGGUUGCUGUGUAUUUAUUAAUAGCAGGUGAUGGUGGCCAACGAGAGUGUAAUUUCCUAGUAACAGUAUUGCCCUUAUUCAUUUUGGCCUAAGAAAAGGGUGUGGCUUGGGGGGAAGGGGGAGAAAGUGGCUCUUACACACCCAAGAGAAUAGUGUGCAAGUAUUUAUGAGCCAUAGGAAGUCAGGUGCGAUAUCAUUGGGUUUAACAAUGGUACUCUGUAGAUUGAUGUGUAUUAUUCUUUAUUGAUGGUUUUGAUGAUUGUUGAUUUUUAGCAAAGAGAAGUAGUUGCAACUCAAUUUCAUGACUUGAAAGCUGAAAUGAACAAGAUGAGAGAUUCAGAAAGGUAUAUAAACAAUAAUUUCUCAUAACAGUUAUAUUGCCACAUAAUGUAAAGAAUCAUAACUCUUUGAUGGGAACUUCCACACAAAAAUAUUAAAACAAUGAAAUUAAAACAUUUUGGACUCUGAGUUAUCUGUAGGUUAGGAAUAAUCAUUGCCCACCUAUGCAUUCAUCUAUUUAUUUCAUCAAGUUUUCCUAAUUCCUGCUCUUAUAAGUAGAAAUUGUAUUUUUUCAUAUCUUGUGAAAUCUCUCUUUAGGUCACGCCUUACUCAGCUCACACUUCAAAGUAAUGUGGCAAUCAAAGAACUCAAGAGGACAAGUGAAAAGGUAAACACUAAUACCCUCAGCGUGAAAAGAAUAACUUACUUUCACUUUAUAAAAUAAUGGUAUAUUUUGCAAAUCAGACUUCUUGUCAAACCAAAAAGGUAAUAUCCCCAUAAAUGUAAAUGUGAAGUAACAAGUCUUACAGAAUGCAUAUGACACUAUUACCCAUUUUAUCUGGUUUUUAGGGUGAGCGCAUUCUUAAACUUUCUGAGAUGUGUCGUAAACUGGAGACAGAAGCUGAAAAAGUUCUUCCAUUUUAUGCGUCAUCUCUUUCUCCUGAGGAAGAUGAUGAUGUAGCAGCUGCUAUGCAGGAAGCUCCAUCUGAGCCACUGGCUGAGGUAAAGACUAUUACUCUCCUAGAUAAUUUACUGACGUAUUUUAGUGGUUUUAUUAUACAUUGUGCUCACCAUCUGUCUUCUCAAUUGUUAGAAUCCUUCAGUUAAAUUUGGAAAUCGGUGCAACUUACAGAGUAGUUAGUUAGGUUGCACGCACAAUGCAUGAUUUCCAAGAGCAUUGCCAAACUGUGUUCCAGGGGACUGAUCAGUCUUUGUCGUUACAACUUCUUUUCAAACCAAUGUACAAUUUAACAAUUAUUUGCUGCAAGGUGAAGUAAAUAUUGGUGAUUAAUCCCCUUAACAAUAUUAAUUGAGCCAGAGGUGAAUAAUAUCAUAAUGUUACCGGUCAAAAUUAAAUUCAGGUUAAUGUUUUUAAUUAAAUUAUGGAACAACAUUACACUUCAACCAACUGCCUUUUUAGCAAACAAAAGACAUUUAAUGACUGUUGACUUUUCAUUCCUAUUAAAGAUUUAGCCAGCAACAAUGCUUUUUCACGUGUAAGAAAAUGAUAGCUCCAUCAAAAUCCACGGCAGUGCAUGAGUUUAGAGCAGUGUCCAUUAUACUCAGAUGUUACAAACAUCAUUUAGAGGAGAGGUCACACAAUGCAUUUAAUUAUAACCCUUGCUUUGCUGCGUAACUUACAGAUUCUUCAUGAAUACUCUGCUCUGGAAAAUUUUUGGAAGAGAUACAAUAAGGUAUGUAAUAAACAAGAUUAUCAGUUGUAGAGUGCUGGCUUCAACUGUUUAGUUUGUUUUAUAAGGACAGGCAAAGGUAAAGUCUGUAGUUCAGCCAAUUAGCUCAUCAGGCAGGAACAUUUUUACCUGGUUUCUGCAGUAUGAAGUGACAAGGAAUAUUUCUAUUCUCCCCAACCCAUGCUGGAUGGGAUGUCAGUCCAUUGCAUAGUUACUCCAGCAUUAAAUCCCCUGGUAGCCAUUUAUACAACAGGGCAAGGUGCGGCAUUGUGAUUUGAUAUAUUUUUUGUGAACAGCACUAUUCACACUGUUUAGCUUCAGCUGCAUGGUGGUUGUAAAUUUUUCAAACUAACUACAAACCAUAUAAAUUGCAAGCAGUUAAGAUUAGCCAUAUGUAGUAGCUUGUAGUGCACCUCGGGGUGUGGAAGGGAAGUUCAGACACAGAGGACAAAAUAAGGUCCUGAGGUACCACCAACCCCACCCACCUGGGAUUAUUUCUGUCCAUAACUUAAAGAAGAUUUUCAAGAUGAUUUUCACAGCUCAAACAAACAUCCAAAAGGAGAAGAAGGACCGCCUUAUCGUGGGUUAAGUCUUAAAAAAUAACUUGCGAAAAUUAUUCCGUAAUCCACUCAAGCAAAACGUUUUCAUUCCUAUGUUCCUAUCUUCCAAUUUACCCUAUAAAGUGGACCAUGACAGAAUGUUUGGUUUUCCUUUUCUGCAUUUUUUGCCAAUAACCCUUGUGAAAGUGUAAGUAGGUUUAUUUUACUAUUUAAGUUUAAGAUUCAUUCGUAACUCAAACCAUUUGUUAGCUAUGGAUAAGGCAUUCAACGCUGUAUAUUCUUUUUUUUAGGUUUUGCUUGACAAGCUGGCUCUUGAUAAAGAGAAGCACACUCUCUUACAAGAAAAUCAGCAGCUAAGAGCAGUUCUAAAGCAGUACCUAGAUGGUAUGUUUCUUUAUUUCAAUCUGACUAUUAAGCAAGUUUAUAACUUUUAACCAAUUAUCUCAAAACAAAGAAGGCUGUUUAUUACAAACACACAAAGCCAAAAACAAACAGAGACGGCUAGUUUCUACCGUCACAAACAGUACAAAAUAAGCGCGCUAGUUUAGUGUAACAAAACCAACAUGAAAUAAGGUAAGGACCCCGGUAAGCUAAGUUGUGGCGUCACAAGCAGACACACCCAAGUGCGCUUAAAUGAAGCGUCACAAACAAAAACAAGAUGUACCUCUACAAGCAAACACAUUAUAGAGAGCGCUAAGUUGUAGCUGUAUAAACACAAAAUAGAGCCCGCUAAGUUUUAAUUAAACAAGUAAACACUGAACAGAGCUCGUUAAGUGGUAGCUGUACGAGCGAAAACAAAACAGAGCGCGCUAUAUAAGUUGUACGUAGCUGUACACGCAAACACUAAAAAGAGCGUGCUAAGUCGUAGCGUCACAAGAAAACACACAACGAAGCGAGCUAACAUGUCGCUAUAUAAGCAAACACAAAACGGAGCGAGCUAGGUGGUGGCUGUACAUGCAAACAUUAAAUGGAGCGCGCUAAGUUGUAGCUGCGUAAGCAAACACAAAACGAAGGGCGCUUAGUUGUAGCUGUUAAUACAAACACAAAACAGAGCAUGCCAAGUUGUAACUGUACAAGCAAAGGCAAAACGAAGUGAGGUACGUUGUAACUGUACAUAAAACACAAAUCGGAGCGCGCGAAGUUGCAGCUGAAUAGGCAAUCACAGAACAGAGCGCUUAAAAUUGUAGCUUUACGAGGAAACAGAUAACAGAGCUCGCAAAGUUGUAGCAUCACGAGCAAACACAAAAUGAAGUAAGCUAAGUUAUAACGUUAGAACCAAACACAAAACGAAGUGCGCUAAGUUGUAGUGUCACAAGCAAACACAAACUGGAGCGAGUUAUAAGUUGUAGCUGUGCAAACAAACACAGAACAUUGCGCGCCAAGUUGUAGCAAAGACAAAACGGAGUGAGGUAAGGUGUAGCUGUACAUGCGAACACAAAAUGGACCGUGCUGAGGUGUAGCGUCGCAAACAAACACGAAACGGUGCGCGAUUUGUUCUAGCGCCACAAGCAAAUAAUUAUAGAGUAGAGCGGGCUAAGAUGGGGCGUCACAAACAAACUUAAACCAGAGCGCGCUAAUUGUUGCUGUACAAGCAAACACAAAACAGAGCGCGUUAAGUUGUAGCGUCACAAGCAAACACAAAACGAAGCGCGCUAAGAGUUUUAGCGUCAUAAACAAACACAAAAUGGAGCGAGCUAAGAGUUUUAGCGUCAUAAGCAAACACAAAAUGGAGCGAGCUAAGAGUUUUAGCGUCAUAAGCAAACACAAAAUGGAGCGAGCUAAGAGUUGUAGCGUCACAAGCAAACACAAAACGAAGCGCGCUAAAAGUUUUAGCGUCAUAAGCAAACACAAAAUGGAGCGAGCUAAGAGUUUUAGCGUCAUAAGCAAACACAAAAUGGAGCGAGCUAAGAGUUGUAGCGUCACAAGCAAACACAAAACGAAGCGCGCUAAGAGUUUCAGCGUCAUAAGCAAACACAAAAUGGAGCGAGCUAAGUUCUAGCGUCACAAACGAACACAGAACAGAAGUCGCUACGUUGAAGCGUCAGAAUAACACAAGAGAGCGCAUCAAAUUCUAUCUGUACAGGCAACACGAAAUGAAGGAAGCUCAGUUUUUGCGUCACAAACAAACACAAAACGAAGCGUGAUUAGGUGUAGCGUCACAAGCAAAUACAGAACAGAGCGCGCUUAGGUGUUGCGUCACAAACAAACUUAAAUCAAAGCGCGCUAAGUUGUUGCUGCACAAACAAAUAUAGAACAGAGCGCGCCAAGUUGUAGCUUUACAUGUAAGCACAAAUUGGGCGGACUGAGGUGGUGCGUCAAAAACAAACUUAAAUCAGAGCGCGCAGCGUUGUUGCUCUACGAACUGUCACAAACCGGAGCGAGCCAAGUUGUAGCUGUACAAGCAAAAUUGAACAACAGAGCGCGCCAAAUUGUAGCUUUACAUGUAACACGAAAUGGAGCGCGCUAAGGUGUUGCGACACAAACAAACUCAAAUCAGAGUGUGUUAAGAUGUAGGAUGAAAAAAAAAAAACGGUGCGUGCUAAAUUGAAACUGUGCAAGCAAACCCAGAACAGAACGCGCUGAACCAUGUACAAGAAAGCACAAAAUGGAGCGCGCUAAUUUGUUUCCGUACAUGCGAGCACAAAACGGAGCUGGCUAAGUUGUAGCUGUGCAAGCAAACACAGAACAGAGUGUGCUAAGUUGUAGCGUGACAAGCAAACCAAAAACUAAGCGUGCUAAGUUGUAGCGUAACAAACGAACACAGAACAGAGCGCGCUACGUUGUAGCGUCAGAAUAACACAGAAGAGAGCGCAUCAAGUUCUGUCACGAAGGACCACCAAGUUCUACAGGCAAACACAAAAUGAAGGACGCUAAGCUGUUGCUAUAGAAGCAAACCCAGAACAGACCGUGUCAAGUUGUAACUGUACAAGCAAAGACAAAAAGGAGUGAGCUAAAGUCCUAGCUGUACAUGCAAAUUAGAGCAGAGUGCGCCAAGUUAAAGCUUUAGAUGCAAACACGAAAUGGAGCGCGCUUAGGUAUUGCGUCCCAAAUUAACUCAAAUCAGAGCGCGCAAAUAUGUAACAUCACAAACAAACACAAGACGGAGCUAGCUAAAUUGUAGCGUCACAAGCAAAACCAGAAGAGAGGAAGCUAAGUUGUAGCUGUAUAAGUAAACAGAACAGAGAGCGUCAAGUUUGUAGCUGCAUGAGCAAACACAGUACCGUGCGCGCCAAAAUGUAGGGGCACAAGCAAACACAAAAUGGAGCGAGCUAAGUUGAAGCGUCAUAAACAAACACAAAUAAAGCGAGUUAAGUUGUAGCAUCACAAGCAAACACAAAAUGGAGUGAAUUAAGUUGUAGCGUCAAUAACCAAGAAAAAUAAAACGGAGCGCGGUAAGUUGUAGCGUCAUAACGAAACACAGAAAAAAAACGCACUUAGGUGUUGCGUCAAAAAGAAACUGAAAUCAAGAGCGCUAAAUUUUAGCUGGUUAAAAUAACACAAAACGGAGCGCGCUACGUUUUAGUGUCACAAGCAGACACAAAUGGAGCGAGCUAAGUUGUAGCUGUGCAAACAAACAGAACAUUGCGCGCCAAAUUGUAGCUGUACGAGCAAAGACAAAACGGAGUAAGGUAUUAGUGUAACUGUGCGUGCGAACAAAACGAAACGCGAUUAGUUAUAGGGUCUCAAGCAAAUGCAGACUAGAGCGCGCUAAGAUGUUGCGUCACAAACAAACUUAAAAAAAAAGCGUGCUAAGUUAUUACUAAACAGAGCGCGCUAAGUUGUACGUAGCUGUACAAGCAAACACGAAAAGGACCGUGCUAAGUUGUAACUGUACAAGGAAAGGCAAAACGAAGUGAGGUACGUUGUGGCUGUACGUAAAACACAAAUCGGAGUGCGCCAAGUUGUAGCUGUAUAGGCAAUCACAGAACAGAGCGCGCCAUGUUGUAGCUGUAUAGGCAAUCACAGAACAGAGCGCGCCAAGUUGUAGCUUUACGAGGAAACAGAUAACAGAGCUCGCCAAGUUGUAGCAUCAAGAGCAAAUACAAAAUGAAGCGAGCUAUAAGUUGUAGCUGUGCAAACAAACACAGAAAAUUACGCGCCAAUUUGUAGCAAAGACAAAACGGAGUGAGGUAAGGCGUAGCUGUACACGCAAACACAAAAUGGAGCGCUCUUAGUUGUAGCGUCGGAAAGAAACAAAACGUAGCGCGAUUAGUGGUCGCGUCACAAGUUAAUACAGAACAGAGCGUGCUAAGUUGUAGCGUCACAAGCAAACACAAAAUGGAGCGACUUAAGUUGUAGCGUCACAAACGAACACAGAACAGAGCGCGCUACGUUGAAGCGUCAGAGGUAACACAGAAGAGAGCGCACCAAGUUCUGUCUAUACAGGCAAACACAAAAUGAGGGAAGCUAAGCUGUUGCUGUACAAAGAACACAAAACGGAGUAAGGUAAAAAAGAUCUUUACAUGUAAACGGACGAAAUGGAGCGCGCCUAGGUUUUGCGACUCAAAUUAACCCAAAUCAGAGCGCGCAAAGAUGUAGCACCACAAACAAACACAAGAAGGAGCGUGUUAAGUUGUAGCUGUGCAGGCAAACCAGGUAGAGAGCGCGCUGAGCUGAAGCCGUACAAGAAAACACAAAAUUUAGCGCGCUAAGUCUUUGCUGUACCGUGCAAACACAAACAGAACGUGCUAAGUUGUAGCGUCAUGAACAAACACAAAACGAAGUGUUCUAAGUUAUAGCGUCACAAGCAAACACAGAAUAGAGGAAGCUAAGUUUUGCUGUAUAAGCAAACACAGAACACAGUGCGCUAAGUUGUAGAGGCACAAGCAAACACACAAUGGAGCGAGCUAAGUUGAAGCGUCAUAAACAAACAUAAAUGAAACGAGCUAAGUUGUAGCGUUACAAACAAGCACAAAUGGAGCAAGCUAAAUUGUAGUAUCACAAGCAAUUGUCAACAACAAAACAAGAUGAAAUGGAGCGCGGUAAGUUUGUAGCGUCACGAGGAAACACAGAAAAGAGCACGCUUAGGUGUUGCGUCACAAACAAACUGACAUCAAGCGUGCUAAAUAGCUGGACAAAAUAACACAGAACGGAGCGCGCUAAGUUGUAGUGUCACAAGCACACUCAAAAUGUAGCGAGCUAAGUUGUAGCUGUACAAACAAACACAGAACAUUGCGCGCCAAAUUGUAACUGUACAAGAAAAAACAAGAUGGGGUAAGGUAAGGUGUAGCUGUACAUACAAACACAAAACAGAGCGCACUAAGUUGUAGUGCCACAAGGAAACACAAAAUGGAGUGAGCUAAGUUCUAGUGUCACAAACGAACACAGAACAGAGCGCGCUACUUUGAAGCGUCAGAAGUAACACAAAAGAGAGCGCACCAAGUUCCAUCUGUACAGGCAAACUCUCAUAUUGAGCUUGGGCCGCCUGUGAGUGAACGAGACAGGCGACACUGCAGCCCUUUGGUAUCCCCAAGAUAACUGUACCUUUAACAAAUGAUUUUUUUUUUGUUAUUUUCAGGUAUUUCAGUCAAUGAUGAGAUCUUGAGUCAGUACAACCCACUAUUUAUUGUCAACAGCAAAACGAAUGUCAGGUAAGACUGAAUGAAAUGUGAUGACGAUAAGCGCCCCAGGAUAAGCGCUUAAAAAAAUGUAAAAAAGCGUUGUACAAAGUGGGCACGAAUUUUGAACGCCAUCAAAAAUAAAAAUUCUAACCUGUCAAUAGAAAAAGUCCAGAAUCUGGGAAAUGAAAGAAGAUAAAUAUACAGAAAGCCUGGCCAAGAACCAGGUCUGUGCGAUAAUUCAUAUGCCAGAUAUUCUGAAAAUUAUGAGGCUUUGUAUGGAGACGCCAUGUUGGUGUCCCUUUGAGGGGCACAAAUAUGGCCACCGGAACGAGGUUGGAUAGGACUAUUAAUAAAUCAAUUCUAUGGAUUUCCUUUCCAUUCUCCUUUUCGUUCCUUUUCUAAAAAGAUUGUCAUUUGAGGUGCCGAUUUCCCGGGCAAAGCAUCCACAUCCCCUUCCCCCCAGGAUUGUGGACUCUAAGCAGUUCCUUAUGAUUGUGGCAAGGGUCAACACCUCUCUCCAUUGUACUUGUUGGCUUGUUUUUGUGCAUCAAGAAAUCAGUUCUGUGAAUUAAACCUCCUUUUUUAUUGUCUUCCUUUCUUAUAAAGGCUGCUACGUGUGGUGCUCGAUUUGCACUGAGAAAAGUCGAAAACUCCACCCCCCCUCUCCAAUUAAGAAUGUAGACUGUUAGCAGUCUUUACGAUUUUCGCGAGGGCGAGCAGCUCCCUGUAAUCUCCUUCCCGUUUUGUUCGCCCCUUUUCAACUUAUUCUCAACUCGAUUAACUAGUAAGAGUCCGCUCACAGUCUACCAAGAUUGGAGUAACGUGGAUCUUAUUCACAGGCUCAUAGCCACUCAUAUAACACUCCACUAGGGCGCGGUAAAAUAAAGGCUUGUCCCCGGGGUCUUGUCAAGUAUCGCUCAAUUUUCACGCGAAAGUUUACCUUGACUGGUGUGUGAAGUUUCUGAAACUUGAUUUCAAGAGUGUCAACUUUUGUGCGCUUUUCGGAAUCAAAAGCUGCAAAAAUUAUAAUCCUUUUUAGGGAAACUACUUUUUGCCAUUUUAGUGUGGAACAGGCUAAUACCUGACUCGUCCCAGUCGCCUCUCUGUCCUAUAUUUAUAUUACAAUAGAAGCGCGUUCAAGGGGAGCGCGCACCUCUUCGGUCACGUUUUGCGCUUUCCGUCCUCCGCGUGCGAUCCAACUAGACUACGCCUAAUACUAAUGUCACUAUUUCUGUUUUAAUAGGCUGGCUGUUCCUAUAGCUGACCCGCGUGUGAAGAGAUCCGGCCCCACUGUAGUAGAGGCAGCCCAUGUAGUAAAGCAUUCUAUCUGA